AUGAAGAUGCGUUGCAAGUGCUGCCGGUCCGCGGGAAAGCGACUGACGCGUCCAUCAGAAGUAGUGCGACAGACUGGACUUCGCUCGCGACUCCUUGGAACGACGCCAGGGCACUGGCUAGUGUUGUUCUUGGUGGGAUGCUGUCUACAGAUCCUGAGUAUGCUAGCAUGGGUUUCCUCUGGCGGCAACCCAGACUAUGGAACUGGAUUGACCGAGAGCUUCUGGGUUUCCUACAUACUGCUCGUGGACAUCGGCACGCAAACAGGUUUUGCCGCCGGCGAACGUGGAGUGGUCAGAGGAGCUGCAGUGGUCAUCUCGAUCGCGGGCUUCGUGUAUUGUUUGACUUUCCUGGGCAUGGUUGUGGAGCUUAUCCGAUCCAUCUUGGUUUUCUGGAAAGACAAGUACAGCAAGAUAGAUGCGCAAGGCCACUGGCUAAUCCUUGGCUGGGGGGACAAAACCCUUUUCCUCCUCGAGGAGCUGCUUGAGGCCGUGAGCAGCAAGAACGCAGCAAAUGCCAGAUGCUGCUGCCCUCGUCGGCAACGAAUCGUCAUACUUGCCGAGAAAGAUGUACGGGAAAUGCAACGCGAAGUUCAGAUGCAUUUUCGCACCAAAGACCCUCAAGGCGACUACAGGAAGCUGCGUUGCAUCUCCUAUCGGGAGGGAUGCAGCGCCCAAAGAGUAGAGCUGAUGAAGGUUGAUGCUCCACUGGCUGAGCAUAUCCUGAUCAUGUGCACAAACGAAACGGACAUCAGCUCCGACCAUGAAGCGAUUCGUACCCUCCUUGCUUUGGGUGGCGCGCCCGAGACGGAGACGCAGGCAGACGUGUGGACGGAGAUGCACAAUCGCGAGAAUGCCCGCAUUGUCCACACAAUUCUUCCAUCUGCACAGGGCAUUGUCGCCAGGCAUGCAGUGAAUCGAAUGAUCACUCUCCGGGCACUGGUGCCAUCUGUCGGCUACGCAUGGCUGAGGAUGUCCACUACCAGAUCGGGAACUCAGCUCUUUCUCGUGCCGGUGCCAAAGGCUCUUCUAGGCAGCCAGCUGCAGGAUGCCCACCGGUGCUUCCCCCACGCAGCGGUCUGUGGUGUGAAGCAAAGCGGCGCCCACACCGCCAUUCCGCUGAAACUGGGAAAGCACCCGCACAUUCUGGAAGAAGGGGACGAACUGGUCAUGCUUGCUUCCAGCAAAUCCACUGCAGGGUACUGCUGCCUGCUGGAUGACCCGAUCGGCACCAUGGAACAAGGCAGCACGAGGAUCGCCCCGGAAGCACAAGAAGGAACGAACGACAAGGCGCGCAAGGUGCCGAACCGGGUGCUAAUGCCUGAUGGUCAGAUCCGCUUGGGGCCAGCAGCAGAUGGUCCUCAAGUUGUGCUCGUUCUUGGUUGUCCCGAUGAUUUCUGCGACAUUUUGGACAUCAUCGACGGCUAUGUAAGUUCGUCGAGUCAGAUCCACCUUCUUUCAACUCGACCCGUGCAGUGGCGCCAGACGCAACUCCGGCUAAAUUUGGCCAGAUGGGGAAAGUUCCGUUUCGACAGGAUCGACAUCACACAUCAUGUUGGCAGUCGCCGGGAUCCAGCCGUGCUCGAGAAGCUUCCGCUCGAUAUUGCCGACUGCGCAUUGAUCCUGUCAGAGCGUGAAGAUCUUCUGGAAAACACCAUGGACUCGGAUGCCAGGAAUCUGACCAUUGCGAUCAACCUUAGGUAUGUUCUCGAUUGUCGGGCCGAUGCAAUCUCGCAGCAUCGGCUAAAGACCUAUCGCAAGAAAUGCAAAAUUGUCACUGAGAUCCAGGACCCCAAAAGUCAAAUUGUUCUGGCUGAAAACAGCAGCGUCCGGAAAACGGGAUCUUUCGUAUUUACAUCCGCCACCGAGACUGGGGUCUUUGCAAUUGCAAUCUCUUGCAAGGCAGUGUACGACCUCUUCACAAAGUUGAUUGACCCGACAACCAAUACUGGUCAUGUUGUUGCCGCGCCGAUUCAAAAGUAUGUGCGUGGAGAGGAGAACCUCUCAUUCUUUGAUAUGUCUGCGCGGGUCAUUGACAGAUGUGCUGGCACGUUGCUUGGGUGGCGCCGCAGUGAUGAGCGACAUCCAGUGUUGAAUCCAGAGAACAAGGAUCAGCCUUUGCUAUGGCAAAGCCAUGCAGCAGACGAGCUGAUAAUUCUCUUGCCUGCCACACAGGCCAACGCUGAGGAAGAGAAGCAAGAACCGGCUAAGCCGGAGGCUUCCGAUUUAGCAAAAUCUCUACCAAUCAGCUGCUCACAGGGGUCAAUGGGGUCUGAUGGCGAGCCGCUCUCUCCACCCACGAACAGAAGAAGCAUGAGCGACCUGGGCAUCCAGGCCGAUGCCUGGAUUCCAGGUGCACUCAACUGGCGAUCAGAGGAGGCCUCCCCUACCAGUGGACGCGACACAAAACUUCCACAG